AUGUGGUAUAAUCGUACCCACAUUGAUUGUGCACAAGACGCAAAGAAAUACUCCGAGCCGAUAGAAUUCCCCCCGAAUAUCGAAGAACAGGAUCCAAAGGUCAAUGUGUUGCACCUUUUGCACAUGCUUCGUCACCUCGAGACGCUGGAAAUCAGAGCUGGACCACGCUAUGAUAGGGGUAUCCACACCUACCUCUCCAAUUUUCUGAAUGGGAGAGAUUUCUCAACCAGACUACGAAGUUUCACAUGGUGGGACGUCGAUGUCGAUAUACGUACCCUAAUACCUGCACUUUUGAUUCCAUCUGUGAAGGAGGUCCAUAGUAGCCAAGCAUCUCGGAAGGAUCACAUGGACUAUGUCUGGGGCCCUGACCUUCCGCAAAAUCUUCAAUCCGUUUCUCGGGAUGGUCAGUCUAAUGUUGAGAGGCUCACGUUAUCCUUGGUUCAAGUCGACGGUCUUAAUCUUUCCGAGCUUCUUCGCCUUCCUCGUGCCCUCAAAGUGUUGACAUAUCAUGGUGGCAUCCGCUAUCAAUUAGCAGACCAACCCCCUCUUCGUGUCUUUAAGCGAGCACUCAGUCACGUCGCGAGCGAACUCGAAUUCCUUGAUCUAUUUUGGAACUCAACCCUGCCGUUCGACGACGAUUCCACCCUAUCAUUCCAAAAAUUCGUAUCUCUCAAAUUCCUUGUAGUCAAUUGCUCCCUUAUUCAUGACCCUCGUUCACCUACCAACGGUUCUCUCCUUUCCGAAUCAUUACCUCCAUCCCUUGAGGUACUAUACAUGUACGGGCCAUACCCUAAAAUCUGGCACAGAAACGACAUCCUCGAAUGUUGGAAGCUAGUUUUGACCGAAAAAUCUACUACAUAUUUGCCCAAUCUGUGGUUUAUUGGUCAUUGGAACGACUUGGAUCUCUUGAUACCUUUUCUCGAUUUAGCAAGCAGUCAAAAUGUGCAAAUAGCGCUAGAAUUUCAGGAACUGAUUCGAGUUAAGGAGGCAUUCCUUUCGAAAAUAAAAUAG